AAGGCGAAGGCGGUGUUCUAUUACCAGAGUUACCAUCAAAAUUAUCUACGAUAGUAUCACUUACAACUGGCAUCGUCUUUACAGAUUUGGAUGGCAAAGGUGAACGCCUCGGAACAAAUGGAAAAGAUUUUGAUCGUCUCGGAGGUGGUGGACGCAUUUUGAUACGUUCUGUGGACACGUCACGGAUAAAGACGUAUAAAAUUUGCUUAGGAAAUUCUUCUGCCAUGUCGGAAUAA